AUGGACAGAUUGAAGUGCCCGAGCUUCUUCAAGUGCAGAGAGAAGGAGAAAGUGACAGCUUCAUCGGAGAACUUCCACGUUGGUGAAAAUGAUGAAAAUACAGACCGUGGUAACUGGUCCAAAAAAUCAGAUUAUCUUCUAUCUAUGGUUGGAUAUGCAGUGGGAUUGGGAAAUGUGUGGAGAUUCCCAUAUCUGACCUACACCAAUGGUGGAGGUGCUUUCUUGAUACCCUAUACAAUUAUGCUAGCAUUGGCUGGUUUACCUUUGUUCUUCCUGGAGUGUUCACUGGGACAGUUUGCUAGCUUAGGUCCAGUUUCAGUUUGGAGGAUUCUGCCAUUGUUUCAAGGUGUGGGAAUCACAAUGGUCCUGAUAUCUAUUUUUGUGACAAUCUAUUAUAAUGUCAUAAUUGCCUACAGUCUGUACUACUUGUUUGCUUCUUUUCAAAGUGUACUACCAUGGGCCAAUUGUUCUUCCUGGGCAGACAACAACUGUAGCAGAUCACCAAUAGUAACUGGCUGUAAUGUGAGUACAGGAGCAGGAGAGAUGUUUAUGAACAUAAGCUGGGUAAAUAUCAACAACUUGACCUGCUUGAAUGGUAGCAAAGUUUUUCAGCCAGGACAACUUCCCAGUGAACAGUAUUGGGAUAAAGUGACACUUCAGCGGUCAAGUGGAAUGGAUGAAACUGGAGUAAUUGUGUGGUAUUUAGCACUUUGUCUUCUUCUAGCUUGGCUCAUAGUUGGAGCAGCACUGUUUAAAGGAAUCAAGUCAUCUGGCAAGGUGGUAUAUUUUACAGCUCUCUUCCCGUAUGUGGUCCUCCUCAUUCUGUUAAUACGAGGUGCAACUUUGGAGGGUGCAUCAAAAGGCAUUUCAUAUUACAUUGGAGCACAGUCAAAUUUUACAAAACUCAAGGAAGCUGAGGUUUGGAAAGAUGCUGCUACCCAGAUAUUUUAUUCCCUUUCUGUGGCUUGGGGUGGCCUAGUUGCGCUAUCAUCUUACAACAAGUUCAACAACAACUGUUACUCUGAUGCCAUUGUAGUUUGCUUGACAAACUGCCUCACUAGUGUGUUUGCCGGCUUUGCCAUUUUUUCUAUAUUGGGACACAUGGCUCAUAUAUCCGGAAAGGAAGUCUCUCAAGUUGUGAAAUCAGGUUUUGAUUUGGCAUUCAUUGCCUAUCCAGAAGCUCUAGCCCAACUCCCAGGUGGUCCAUUUUGGUCCAUAUUAUUUUUCUUCAUGCUUUUAACAUUGGGUCUGGAUUCUCAGUUUGCAACUAUUGAAACAAUUACAACAACAAUUCAAGAUUUGUUUCCCAAAGCAAUGAAACGCAUGAGGGUUCCCAUCACUUUGGGUUGCUGCUUGGUUCUGUUUCUCCUUGGUCUCGUCUGUGUGACUCAGGCUGGAAUUUACUGGGUUCAUUUGAUUGAUCACUUCUGUGCUGGAUGGGGGAUUUUGAUUGCAGCUAUCUUGGAAAUUGCAGGAAUCAUCUGGAUUUAUGGAGGGAACAGAUUCAUUGAAGACAUAGAAAUGAUGAUUGGAGCAAAGAGAUGGAUAUUCUGGCUCUGGUGGAGAGCAUGCUGGUUUGUCAUCACACCCAUCCUCUUGUCUGCCAUUCUCAUCUGGUCACUUGUGAAAUUUCACAGACCUGAUUAUGCGGACAUUCCAUAUCCUGACUGGGGAGUUGCUCUAGGCUGGUGUAUGAUUAUUUUCUGCAUUAUUUGGAUACCAAUUAUGGCAAUUAUAAAAAUAGUUCAGGCUGAAGGAAACAUCCUUCAGCGUAUCAUAAGCUGCUGUAGACCAGCUUCUAACUGGGGCCCAUACCUGGAAAAACAUCGUGGAGAGAGAUAUAAAGACAUGGCUGAACCUGCAAAGGAGACUGACCAUGAAAUACCUACUAUUAGUGGCAGUAGAAAACCAGAAUAAAAUGUCCCUUUUGAAAAUAUCUGGUUGUUAUAUAAUGUGAUUUUGUAGAGUAGGGGAAUUUUUUUAAUUUAUUUGUGAGUUAAUCAAGUAGGGAAAUGUACAUGCCAUGCUCAGUACAGGGUUGUAAGUAUUUUUUUCACCUAAUCAAAAAUGAAAUAUAAAAAUGUGAAUUUAUGAAUGUUUAAUAAUGUACUUGUGUACCUUUAGGAUUAGCUAUUUGUUAAUACAUACACCCAGUUCUGUUUUAAAAUGACAUUUUGUAAAUAUGACUAAUAUUUCUUUCUUUCUUUUUUUUAGUUUACUGAAGGUUUCCUAUGACAUGAUUACUUAGGAAAUAAUCAUGCUUUGUAUUUGAUGAUUUUAAAGACAUUAUAUGUUUCUGUAGUCUUAAUAUGCACUUUUCUUAUUCAUAGAAUGAAGAAACAAUAAGUCUAUGUAGUUAAAGGCAAGUGUUUCACAAUUAAAGACUUCAUGUUUCAAAGUUACAAAUGGGACCUGGAGAGAUCACUCAGUGGUUAGGAACAAUGGCUCUUGCAGAGGAUGUAGGGUCAAUUCUCAACAUCCACAUGGUGACUAAUACUGUCUGUAACUCCAAUUCCAGGAGAUCCAGUGUCUUCUUCUGAUCUCCGUGACACUGUAUGCAUAUGGUAUAUGUACAAUGCAAGCAAAAACCCAUACAUAGAAAAUAAAAAUGAAUCAAUCUCCUUUUAAAAGGAAUGUCACAAAUAUGUAGGGAGAGGAUUGUAUAUGAUAUGAGGACUGUUUAAUACCUAUGAUCCAAAUAUGUCUAAACAUGUCAUCCAUUUAUUACAGUUCAGAUUUUUCUAUGUAAACUUUAAAGUUAUACUCUUUUUAGAGUGAAAUGAGACAAAAAAUGAGAAACAGGUGGCCAGAAAGGGAUAAGUCUAGAAAAUGAAAUAUUGAAAUUUUGAAUACAUCUUACCCUUCAUAAUAUCUUUCUUUUUUAGGUUAUAUUUGGAAUAAAACCAUGGCUCAUUUAAUUUCUAUUGAGUUUCAAAACAUAAGUAGUUCAUUAUAUUCUCUGAAUUCUAGAUUUAA